CGCUUAUACGGGCUCUACGUUUGCGUAAUGCUCGGCACAAUAUUACUGAUGUUAGUCUUGAGCGUUGGAUCGAGUACAGUUGUUCAUCAAGUUUCAAACUCUCUCCCAUUCACGUCCACGCCCACAUCUGGUGUUCUCGGAGUUCUGAUGACUCCUAGUCCUAACCAUUCGCUGUUGGUAAGAAGUAACAGCUCCAUCGAUCAUUCUGGGAUGAAUACUAGCAACAAAUCAGAUUUCUACAUCGGAUUGGGUUUGGCUUUGAGUUCGACCGUCUUCAUUGGGUCUAGUUUUAUAGUAAAGAAGAAGGGGCUGUUGAGAGUUGCGAGGUCGUCCGGUGGACGAGCCGGGAGUGGAGGCUUUGCUUACUUGAAGGAAUGGCUGUGGUGGAUUGGAUUGAUUACAAUGAUUGCUGGUGAAGUGGCUAACUUCUCAGCGUAUGCAUUUGCUCCUGCUGUUCUUGUGACUCCCUUAGGAGCUCUAAGUGUAAUAGUAAGUGCAUUCCUGGCAUCAAUUCUUCUUGAGGAACGACUCAAUUUGCAUGGUAAAGUUGGGUCUCUGCUGUGUCUUCUUGGCUCUACGGUGAUUGUAAUAAAUGCCCCUGAUGAGCAGCAGCUGGAUACAAUGGUAGAAAUUAAAGAGAGAAUAGCAGAUGCAGCCUUUCUGACGUAUGCCGCCAUCGCUAUUGUUGUAUCACUUGUACUGAUCAUUUAUUAUGCACCUCGUUAUGGCAAGACGAAUUUGAUGGUGUACAUCGCAAUCUGCUCACUGAUUGGCUCGUUAUCGGUGACGUUUUGCAAGGGUUUGGGUGUGGCCAUAAAACAGACGUUUCGCGGUCAGAGCCAAGCAGGCAACUGGUUGACAUGGUUGUUUGUGCUGGGUGUGGCCGGCUGUGUCAUCACACAAAUGAAUUACCUCAACAAAGCAUUGGACAUUUUCAACACAUCAAUGGUGACUCCAAUCUACUACGUCAUGUUUACGACGUUUACAAUUAUAUCGUCAGCCAUCUUCUUCAAGGAAUGGCAGGACCUCGACCCCAAGCAGGUGCUUGGUGUACUCUGUGGGUUUACAACUAUUGUGACCGGCGUCUUUCUAAUCCAUGCAUUCAAGGACCUCAAAUUUAGCAUUUCUGACUUGCCAUUUUUUCAUAAAGAUUCGCAGCAGAAAUGGCUCGAAGCAAUGGGCGGUCUAAGAAUGUCUCAGCUGGCGGCUAACGAUGAGGUUGACCAUCUUGAUGAGCUGAGAAAGCGCCAGCAAGAGUUGGGUGAAUUUGGGGAUGAAAUCAGUUUGGGCAGUGAUGAUGAUGAACCCACAGAUGAAAUGUCAAAGUUACAGCCAAAUGGAAAUGUAUCGCGUUCUUGAUAUUUAGUGUUUGUAUAGAGUUAUUAGCCAAUGUGUAUAUACAUGUAUGUAUCGAUGUUCGGUUAGUUUUAUAUUUCCCAACUAUUAAAUCAUAAACAUGGGUUAUAUAUACAUAUGGGAGAUACAUACCAGACAGACAGACCAACCAUUCGAUUUCUUGUUUGUUGAAACAAACCGCACUUGAUGGGUCA